AUGGCGAAGACAACAUUAUGGAUAAGGUUGAAGGAGGGCAGACUGAAGCGCCAUAUAAAUUCAAUUAAAUCCACACUGACUGAUGACAACAAGCUAGGUCGGAUUCGGUUUUGUUUAUCCAUGUUGGAUGAACUAAGUGUGCCUGAAGAACCAACAUUUAAAGGCAUGUACAAUGUCAUUCAUAUUGAUGAGAAGUGGUUCUACCGCACUAAAGAUACUCAUAACUACUACUUGGCAUCUGAUGAAGAAGAGCCCUAUCGCGGCACACAGAGCAAGGGAUUUAUUGGGAAAGUGAUGUUCUUGGCAGCGGUAGCAAGGCCUCGUUAUGAUGAUCAUGGUGUCAUGACAUUUGAUGGCAAGAUUGGAAUUUGGCCGUUCACAUAUCAGGACUUUGCAAAGAGGCGUAGCCCUUACCGAGAGAGGGGGGAAGAGGUAACCAAAGUUUUGCCGUCGGUGACAAAGGAUGUCAGUAGAGAUUAUAUGGUGAACAAGCUUCUACCUGCCAUCAAGGCUUUGUGGCCGACUUCGGAACGCGGACGCAUGAUAUACAUUCAGCAAGAUAAUGCAAAGACCCAUAUUUCUGUGAAUGACAGUGUGUUUUGUGCAGCGGCACAGGCGGAUGGAUGGGAUAUUAGGCUUACAUGUCAGCCGCCGAACUCACCUGAUUUGAACAUCCUUGGCUUAGGGUUCUUUGUGGCACUUCAGGCUCUUUUUGAGAAGAUGUCCCCUGGUAAAAUUGUUGAUAUUGUUGCGAAGGUGGAAAAAGCAUAUGACACAUACCCGGCUGAGAGAAGCAACCGUAUUUUUCUUACCUUUCAGUCAUGCAUGCGCGAGGUACUGAAGCAGAAAGGAGGUAACAUGUACAAGGUCCCGCACAUGAGGAAGUCAUUUCUGGCAGCACUCGAAAUGCUUCCGGACGUAAUACCCUGCGAUGCUGAUGUUGUAAUUGCUGCUAUUGAGGCCCUUCCAGAUGCUUGA